AGGUCUCCGGCAAAAACUGAGGAGUCCGGGGGAACAGGUCCGCGGGCUGGCAUAUGGGGAUCCAUGCGCUGAGGGUUGCUGUAAGGCGCAGAAAAGGAAAGAGGGAUAUUGAAAUCGACAGCAAGGAAAACAUAUCUUCGCGUAAACAACAAAAGCUUCAAACAGAAUAUGCAAGAAACAGAGAAAUAGGACCGGUGGGCAAUAAGUACCUGGUUAGGCCUUCGUCUGGGCUCCGAACUGACAUCCUGAGCAAGGGCUCGUGUUGAGUCUACAGAACUGGCGAAGUUUUAUGUUGAGAUUCGCACCGAAUGUUCUGAGCGGUGAUUCUGGUGAUGUGGAUUGUCCAGGUGCGAGGUGCGAGGACUCGAGGAGAAAGGAGGGAGGGAGACAGAGGGGAGGCGGUCAAAACCAAAAAACACGAGUGCCCAACCGGUCAGGGUACCAAUGAGCCAAAGGGGUAUAGCGGGAGCAGUGACAACUCAUCCAGUGGGUGGGGCCAUGUUGCUGAUGACGGUCGCUUUCCAAGGCACAUUGGCUGCGACGCAGCGAAGGGGACAGCCACGUUCUUAUGGUGCCGCUUUGUCGGCCGGAAAGCUUUCGCAUCACCAACCUCUCAACCAGCAGCCGUCCGGAUGGUUGGACGCCAUCUGCGCCGUGAUAUGCACGGCCGUCGCCGGAGCACAAGCUCCAGUCUUGGAAGCGGGAUCUUUGGUGAGAAAAGCGCAUCCGUGCGGUGUUGCACUGCGUCUCUCCCAGAAAGCACAUCGGCCGCAAACCACCAGGUGCUCUCCCGCGAAGGGAUCCGGCUCGAUAACGCCGCCGGCGUUGCAGGACUGUUCACCACUUUCAUCAGCGGCCGCCGACCCUGGUGCGCGAUAUUCUCGCUGCUUUCUCGUGCCGUGCCAGGGGGGUCGCGAGCAGGCCUGUGGUGAGCGGUCGCUAAAUUGUUCCAGAAGGAAAUGCGUCACGGCGAAUUAUUAAACGCUGCCUCUCCCACACCAGCAACCUGUGAGGGAUUGAUUGCAAGUGCCUUGGUCGGUGGAAAAGACGGUUCCUCUUCCCUUCAGCCGUUUGGAGCGUCCUGGCACGCCUUGCUUUCUUCCACC